AUGGGAGAAGAUUGGUGGAAGACUAAAAACCUCAAAGACUUGAGAGAAAUAUUUAGAAGUUUUGGUGCAGUAGACGAUGUAGUCAUCAAGAGUUUCAAGAAGAAAGGAUCAGCUCUUGUUGUAAUGGCAUCCAGGGAGGCGGCUGUAAGUUUGUUUUUAAGUUCCGAGAAGAAAGGAUCAGCUUUAGUUUCUCAAGGAGCAUUGUUUUGGCUGUUUGCAGCCUCUGGGAAUGUGCUGGGGGAACUUUCGAAUCCUCUCCUAGUUUUGCCACUUCAACCAACGUCAUCAUCAGCUAUUCUCAGUGCUGACAGAAUCACAGUGUCUGGAUUUUUAGCUAGAAAUAAAAUGUUUUAA